AUGACGACCCGGUUGAGGAAGACUAGAAAGAGACGUGGGCACGUCAGUGCCGGUUAUGGGCGUGUCGGGAAGCACCGCAAGCAUCCUGGUGGUCGCGGUAAGGCUGGUGGUAUGCACCACCACCGCAUCAACUUCGACAAGUACCAUCCUGGUUACUUCGGAAAGGUCGGUAUGCGCCACUAUCACCUGUUGAAGAACCAGUACACCUGCCCGACUGUGAAUGUGGACAAGCUGUGGUCGCUCGUGUCCCCGGCAACUUUGGCCAAGGCUGAGCAGAGCAAGGACAAGGCAGCCGUCAUCGACGUGACGAAGUCAGGCUACUUCAAGGUUCUGGGAAAGGGCGACCUGCCGAAGGUUCCCGUCAUCGUUAAGGCUCGAUUCUUUUCGCGUAUCGCGGAAAAGAAGAUUAAGGAGGCGGGUGGUGCCUGCGUCUUGACCGGCUAA